AAACAAAUUUCUAUCGUUUUUGAAGGAAAAUAAGGAAUUUGUGUCACAACAUACUCUGCAAAACCAAGCACAACAGGAUAAAUAAAAGCUGAAUUAUACGAAUAGAAGAAAUCCGCUGUAAAUCACCUCUUCGGUAUCAGAAAAAUGGAUGUAGGAGAAGCCAACAAGUUUAUCAAUGCUUUGGUAAAAAAUCUCCAAGUUUUAUGCCAUGGUCAUGUUAACUUUAAUAGUUCAAUACAAGUAAUAGGUCAUCUGUACUUAAACGUGGACAGCGAUACAAAUAUUGACUAUAUUGUGAAUGAAAAAGUAUGCAAGAGUGACUUAUCAUCAACUGUUUUUGUGAGCAAGAGUUACCAUUCGGAACCAAAAACUCCUGUUAAACCUGCUCAAAGUGGCAAAAGACCAGAAAAUACAAAACACACUGUUGUACCAGUCAGCAUACCAUCCUUGUCUCAACCAAUAUCAAACCGACGAACUGUCCCAAAGAGAAAAAUGUCUCAAAACAUCCAUCCAGCUUAUAGAGAUGAUGAACCUACUUUUGAAUCACCAGCGAAAAUUCCUAUGCUAUCUUUAGAUGAAUUUAAGGCCAGGAUAACAUCUACCCCUAUUCAACCCAAACCUAAAGCUGAGGAAGAAGUUAAUUUGUCUAUUGUGAAACAAGAGCCUGGGAUUGAAAAAGAAGAUUUACAAUCAUCUGAUCACAGUAAUGUACCAGGUCCAAGUUUUGAGCAUCUGAGUGAUGAUUUUAAUCAAAAUGACCAGAUUUAUUCGAAUCAGUUUAACCAGACUAAAACCCCAGUUCCAGUAGCGUUACAUGAUAAUGAUAGCAAUAUGGACACAGUAUUCUCUCACUCGUUAGAUACUGGUACCAGUGGCAGUAUGGCAUCACCUUCUCAUUUUGGUUCGAUUGAUGGAAGUUCUAUAGAUAAUAAUUUAAAAACCAAAAAGCCACGGACACGUGUUCAGAUAUCGGCAGCUAGAAGAUCAAAGAAAUACCGUGAUAAAUUUCGUGAUGAUCCAGAAUUUCGAAAACGAGAAUCAGAACGCAAGAAAAAUUACAUCAAGAAAAUUCGAGAGGAAGAUGAUCCACAGAAACUUCUGGAAUUACGAGAGAAAAAUCGGAUUCGUCAAGCUAAUUAUAGAUUGAAGAAGCGAAUUAAAAUUUGGAAAGAAAGAACUAAGAAACAGAUUGCAUCGGCCCUGAGAUCGCGAAGAUAUCGUGAAAGAAAGCGAGCCAGACUGGAAGGUCGAGUCUAUGAAGAGAAGGUAACUCCGAAGAAGGAAAUGAAAGAUAAGAGUGCAAAAAAAGAGAAAAGUGAUCCAAACCAAGAAGUGAAAGAAACGUCUAAAGAAAAGGACCAAUCCAAAUAUGUAGAGAAUGAUGCUGGAAGCAAGUCCUCUAAGGUUGCGGUGAAAGUGACCUCAUCUAUACAAAAUGUCCGACCCAAUUCAUCACAGGAAAAUGAAGCAUCACCAUUUUCUAGUUCCAUGUCCCAAGUGAAGGAUUCCUCCAUAGAAACCACUCCAUCCAGGUCUAAAGAGAAAAUAGAUUUAACCCAAUUUUCCAAGACAGAAGGGAAAGAUUCACCAAGAGAUAACACUAUAUCAGAACCAAAAGGGAAAAGAAAUUCUAGACAGAUUUCACCGAGGUUAGGGAAGAAAUCACCUGUUAAAAACAUCCCAUCUCCCAUAUCAGAUGUAGAUAGUGUUUCACCUGAGACGCAGGUGCAGCUAAUGAAGGAUGCUACACUUUAUUCCAUUUCUACUCUGGAAAACGCUCAAUCUCAACCAAAAGAUAACACAGGUUUGAAUGAAUCAGCCACACAUAAUGAAAUGAUAGAUUUAUUUUCAAUAAUUGAAGAAUUUGAUCCCCAAGAAGAAAUUAUUUCAGCCCCAUCUUCUAGUUUUAUGACAGAAAUGGAAAAAGAUAAUCCCAUUCCAAAGGAUGAAAAGGAUCCAACUCCAUCCACAGAAAUUGAAAAAUCUUCCACAGAAAACAACCAAACAGAGCCAGUGGAGAAAAAUAACCCUUUUCCUUCUGCUAAGAAGAUAAGAAUUAAAAUAAUUGCUGAAACUGUAGAAGAUACGACUGUCAAACCUGGAAAAAUGAAAACCGAAUUGGAGGAGGCUCAAGACAUCAUUCGAGCUAAAAAUCGUCUCCAACAACAACUUAUCGAAAAAAGAAAAAACAAAAAAAAUUAA